AUGAUCAAUUUUCCCUAUAAGCACGUCCUGCUCAUCGGAGCUACCUCUGGCAUUGGACAUGCCAUGGCCAUUAAAAUGCUCGAACAUAACAUUCAAGUGACCGCUGUGGGUCGACGCCAAGAGCGUCUGGACGCAUGGGUGCAAGAGAAUGGCACCAACAAAGCCCAUGGCGUCAUUUUUGAUAUCGGCAAGCUUGAUGCCAUUCCUCAAUUCGUGGCAGAGGUAACCAGUCAAUACCCCGAUAUCGACUGUGUCUUCAUAAAUGCCGGCUUCCAGCGGGCGACCGAUUUUACAUCCCCCCAGACCGUUGAUUUGCCUAUGUACCAUCAAAUAAUGUAUAUCAACUAUACCGCUGCUGUGACUCUGGCGAGCGCUUUUCUCCCUUUCUUGUCGGGGAAGACAACUGCGGCAGUGCGGAACAGCACCGAAUCAAACCUCGCGAUCGUGCCUGCGGUCUCCUUGCCUGGUUAUUGCGCAUCCAAGGCGGCUUUGAAUACAUUCGCCAUGUGUCUUCGGGCUCAAUUAAGAGAGGCCAAGUCCAACGUCAACGUGAUUGAAGUCUUUCCUCCGGCUGUUCAGACGGAACUACACGAUUACAUGGGAGUCGAAAAGGGUCGCCAAAUGGGCAUGCCCUUGAAAGAAUUCACAGACAAAGCCUGGGAGGGACUAGUUCAAGGCGAUGAUGAGGUCUAUGUCGGGUGCAUUCCGCCGGAGGACCGCUUUUUCAGUAUCGCUCGACAACGUCGUUCUGCUUGUGAAGACUUUGCUCAGUCAAUGCGAAAAAUGCACUAG